AUGUUUUUUUUGGUGUUUUCAAUUCUUCUGUUACCAUUAGUAGUUGCAAAUAAUGUAUGGUCUCCAGUUUCAAAUCAUACAACUCCAGUUGCAAAUAUACCCAUAUUGCCAGUUCCAGAAGACUACAAGAAGUUGGUGGAGUUCGCUAACAUUGUUUCGUUUUCCUAUUGUACCCAAUUCGGUCUUCAAGCAGGCAAAUUGGGAGAAGAAGACUCUCAUUGUCCCGGGGUAAGGUGCAAGUACCCUGAGUUUUCUAACAUUGAGGUUCUAAGAACUUUCGACUUCAACACCUUAAAAAGUGUUGGUUCUGGCUUUUACGGUGUCGAUUACCAAAAAAAAAGGAUAAUCCUAGCGUUCAGAGGCAGCAGUACCAAGAGAGAUUGGUUUGCUAACCUCGAUUUCAUUCAAAAACCAUACCAGCCCCUUUUCAACCUACUAGAUAAGAAGAAAGCGGCUGAGAAGGUGGAUUGUAAUGGUUGUAUGGUUCAUCGAGGAUUCUACAACUUUGUCGAAGAACAUUGUAAAACAGUCAUUGCUGCUGUUAGCGAAUUGAAGCAGCAGCUUGAAGAUUAUGAAUUAGUCGUCCUUGGACACUCUUUGGGAGGGGCAUUUGCUCUUUUGAGUGGGAUUGAAUUCCAGUUAUUGGGAUAUAAUCCUUUGGUUGUCACCUUUGCUAGUCCUCGUGUUGGUAAUAAGAAGAUGAUGAGAUACGUUGAUAAAAUAUUCAACUCUGAAAAAAUUCAGAUCCUUUCGCAAAAGCAAAAGCAGAUGAGCAAGGGGUUCAUACGGGUUGUUCAUAAGCAUGAUAUAGUUCCCAUGCUACCUCCAAGCCGUAUCUCAUACGUCCACGGUGGAGUUGAAUAUCUCAUUACCAGUACGAAACUACCACACUUACCAAAGGACAUACAACGGGUGGGAGUAUACAAUUAUGACGACUCUAAGUCAGUUAGUGCUGACCUUGACAAGAUUUUACGGAUUAUACCUGAGAUUUUUACCAAUUUUGAACAUGUUCACUACUUUGUUAAAAUUUCUGGUUGUAACUAACGUGGCUGCAAAAAAGAUAGAUUCUCGCAAUUGUGGCCUUUCAAAGUUGCAAACAUGAUAUCCAGCUUUUUACUAUUGGUAAUAUUUUUGAUUACCGGUGGUUUGGGUGCUACCGAGUACAAGAACACAGUGGAUAGUUAUCCAUCUGACUACAAGCUGCUUGUGGAGUACGCGAACAUAGCGUCCUUUGCGUAUUGUGUCAAGCACGGGUUACAACCCGGUCCCCUUGGGAAAAAACUGUCACAGUGUCCUAUUGCAAGGUG